AUGGCUCCAAGAACUUUCCGGUGGUCAAAACGAGAUUGUUUAUCACCUGAUACUGAGACAAUUAAUUUGGUUGCUCUUGUAUUCGAAGAUUCUGAAUUGUUUGAGGCGGAAGCAGCUGAAUUAAGUGUUGACGAGUCAGACGAUUCUUUUUCUCUACUUAUUCGUAAUGAUAGUUUAUUCGGUGAAAUCAAUCCAGAAGAAUACAGUACAUUACCUAGAAGCCAUCAUUCAAAUUUAUCUGCGCAUAGUUUGGCGACAACUUCAAUUGUAACGCCAACUCAUCAUGCACAAACAAUAGAAUUUAAUUUGAUUUCUACCUCACAAUUUGAAUCAUCUGGAUCAAACUCUAAUGAUCAUAAAUCACAUUCCCCUUCAAGUUUCAUUGAUGUUGGUCGAAUUCAUGAUUUUCUUUCUACAUUGCCUGUUCAUGUUUUAAGUAUCAGUACCAGUUUCCCUUGUUCACCUUCUUCAUGGCCGUGGCAUUUACUUGCUUACACUGAUUUUCCAGCUUUUGUGCAUGCUAUUACUUCUGAUUUAAACUGUUUCUGGAAUUUAUUCAAUGGAAAUGCGAGUAAACAUUCAAAUUUUGUUGAUGUUAUCCCAUGUGAUUCAGCUUUUGACUUGACAACUUGUAAUUUAACAUGUCAAGCUGAAGUUGAACUAGUUAAAUGUGAUGAUACAUUUAUCCAAACUAAUUAUCAAAUGAAGUGUAUAAAUCCGUCAACCUCAACACCGAGAAAUGAAAAAGACAGUGCAAUAGUUACCCAUAAAUGUCUUCAAACUAGUCAAAAGUUAGUCCCAUUUUUCUGUGUUGGAGACCAACUUAAAAUCAGUGAUGAAAUGAAUAUUGUCUUAUUUCCUUUAUCCGGUUUUCAUCCAAAUCUGUUAAAUGAUAGUCAGUUAUGCCAUUCCACCUUUACAGCUGUCUACCUACUCCUCAUUAAUGAUGAUUCCAAACCUGAAAUUAAUACCAGUGGGGAUAUAUCUAAUCUAAGUACCAAUCACGUACAGAACACUGAAGGGUCCUGUGAUUAUGGCCUUAUAGACGAUACUUUUUCUGAUAAAAAUGAUCAGCUACACAAUACACCUAUCGUUCUUGCACUUCUAGUUCAAAUUUUACCAUCAAAACAGCUUACUUGUCCGAUUACAGUUAACCAUAAGUUAUGUCCAUUUCCUAUGGUAUCUGAUUUAAAGUUAUUUAAUGGUCAAAAGUUUACUGUUCUUUUGGCUGUAGUCGAUUUGUUAAUUAGUAAGAAUGACAAUGAUGAAUUUCAGUUACACGGUGUCUUGCAUCAACGUUUAAAUUAUUUGUCUGACUUCAAAUUUGAACUUUUUCUCCACAACCAACCAUAG